AUGGCUGGGCUAGCCGGCGUGGUGUGCCUCCUCCUCCUCCUCGCUGCCAGCUCUGUCGCCGCGGUGGCGGCGGCCGAGGCGGAGUUCCGAUCCUCCUACAUCGUGCACGUCGCGGCGGAGCACGCGCCACAGUCGACGCGUCCGCGCCUGCUCGCCCGCUCGUACACCUUCCUGCGCGACAGCCUUCCCGCGCACAUGCUGCGCCCGGCGCCGCGGGUGUUCUACGCGUACGCGCACGCCGCGACGGGCUUCGCGGCGCGGCUCACGGAGCGCCAGGUCGCGCACCUCGCGUCCCAGCGCUCUGUCCUCGCCGUCGUCCCCGACGAGACGCUGCAGCUGCACACCACGCUGACGCCGUCGUUCCUCGGCCUCUCGCCGUCGUCGGGGCUCCUCCCGAGGUCCAACGGCGCCGCGGACGUCGUGAUCAGCGUCAUCGACAGCGGCAUCUACCCCAUGGACCGCCCGUCCUUCGCCGCGGACGCGUCGCUGCCGCUGCCGCCCAGCAAGUUCCGGGGCACCUGCGUCUCCACGCCGUCUUUCAACGGCUCCGCCUACUGCAACAACAAGCUCGUCGGCGCCAGAUUCUUCUACGAGGGCAUGAAGCUGCGCAUGGGCGUGGCCGCCUUUAGUGAAGCCGAGGAUUCCUUGUCGCCGCUGGACACCAACGGGCAAGGCUCGCACACUGCCUCCACCGCUGCCGGCUCUGCCGGGGUGGACGCUUCCUUCUUCAACUAG